AUGAGUGAAAACCACACUGUGCACAUCCAGUGUGGGGGCCAUGCAACAUACACGUUGAUGGAAAAGUCCUCUUGCUCCCUGGACACUAUUAUAGACCUCACAAUGAGGAACAAUAAAACACUCCUGGACAUGGACAACACUCGCAUGACUAUGGAUGACUUCAGAAUUAAAUUUGAAAUGGAGCAGACCUUGCGGCAAGGGGUGGAGGCUGAUAUCAACGGCCUGCAGAAGGUGUUGGAAGGUCUGAAGAUGGAGAAAUCUGAUCUGGAGAUACAACUUGAUACUCUGGAGGAUGAGCUGAACGCUGUUAAGAAAGAAUCACCAGGAGGUAGGGAAAUGAAGCAACUGACAGGUCAGAAUGAUGGAGAUGUUAGUGUGGAGAUAAAUGUUGCCCCUGGCACAGAUCUCACCCAGGUCCUCAAUAACAUGCGUGAAGAGUACGAGCAACUCAUUUCUAAGAACCGGCAGGACAUUGAGCAACACUAUGAGUCCAAGAUGACCCAGAUUGAACAAGAGGUGACCAACAGUGGCCAAGAGAUGGAGACCAACAUGAAGGAGGUGUCCCAGCUCCGGCACAGCAUCCAGGAGUCGGAAAUUGAGCUGCAGACUCAGCUUAGCACGAAAUUGGCCUUGGAGAAGGCUUUGGAAGACACAAGGAACCGCUACUGUGGCCAGCUGCAACAGAUUCAGGAACAGAUCAGUCAGGUGGAGGCCCAGCUUGCUGAGCUCCGGGAAGAAACUGAGUGUCAGAACCAGGAAUAUGGCAUUCUGCUAGGCAUCAAGACACGGCUGGAAAAAGAAAUUCAGACUUACCGCAGCCUCCUUGAAGGCGGCCAGCAAGACUUUGAAUCUUCUGGAGCUGGACAAAUUGGCUUUGGAAGUGGCAAAGGAAGACGAAGAGGAAGUGGAGGCAGCUAUGGAGGAGGAAGUGGAGGCAGCUAUGGAGGAGGAAGUGGGGGCAGCUAUGGAGGAGGAAGUGGGGGCAGCUAUGGAGGGGGAAGUGGAGGGGGAAGUGGGGGCAGUUAUGGAGGAGGAAGGAAGGGAGGGGGAAGUGGGGGCAGUUAUGGAGGAGGAAGUGGAGGCAGCUAUGGAGGAGGAAGUGGAGGGGGAAGUGGGGGCAGUUAUGGAGGAGGAAGUGGGGGCAGCUAUGGAGGAGGAAGUGGGGGCAGCCAGGGUGGAAAAAGUGGAGGCAGCCAUGGAGGAGGAAGUGGAGGCAGCCAUGGAGGAGGAAGUGGAGGCAGCCAUGGAGGAGGAAGUGGGGGCAGCCAUGGAGGAGGAAGUGGAGGCAGCCAGGGUGGAAAAAGUGGAAGCAGCCAUGGUGGAGGAAGUGGAGGAAGCUACGGUGGAGGAAGCAGUUCUGGGGGAGGCAGUGGAGGAAGUUAUGGUGGAGGAAGUGGAUCUAGGGGAGGAAGUGGAGGUGGCCAAAGUAGAGGAGGUGGCUCUAAGGGAAGUAGUGGAGGCAGCUAUGGUGGAGGAAGUAGUUCAGGAGGAGGAAGUGGAGGCAGCUAUGGUGGAGGAAGUGGUUCAGGAGGAGGAAGUGGAGGCAGCUAUGGUGGAGGAAGUGGUUCAGGAGGAGGAAGUGGAGGCAGCCGUGGUGGAGGAGACAGAAGGCCAUCUCAGUCCCAGUCUUCCUCAAAAUCUGCUGACUGUGAUGACGAUUCACCUGGCUACCAUAUGCGAUACUAG